AUGUCGCUACUGCUCACGAGCUGCGCGCACCUCGCGCGCCGCGCGCGCACGGCGGCGCCCCCGCUGCUCGCGCUCUGCGCCCGGGGCGCCGCCGCGGGCCACGCCGGCGCUGCGUGGCGGCCGGGCGCGGGCGGGGCCGCGUGGUCGCCUUGGCUCGCGAAAUGCAUGGCGGCGCACCUGAGCGGCUGCGCCGAGGCGGAGCCCGCCCUAGACUUAUACCGCGUCAACGUCAUCACAGGCAACGUGCGCGGCGCGGGCACGCGGCUGCCGUGCACGGUGCAGCUGGUGGGCACAAACGGCACGAGCGACAAGGCCGUCGUGGGGGAGGACGGCCUUGGGCGCGGCAGCAGCGUGGCGGUCGAGCUGCAUGCGCCGAAGGACAUAGGGGAGAUAAAGCGGUGCUUUGUGGAGCGCGGGAAGGGCGGCUACACGGACACGGGGGACGGCUGGUUCCUCGAAAUGGUCGAGGUUGUGGGGCCGGGGCAGGAGGUGUACCAGUUCCCGUGCCACGCCUGGUUUGGCCACAGCGACUGCGGCGAUUUCGUCGGCGCCCUGGAGCGCAACCUCAUCCCGGUUAAAGCGGACCACAAGCUGCCCGUUGCUGAGAUUCUUGGGGACCCCGUGUCAGUCCAGGCUGCCGGCAUCUCAUUCCCACACCCUGACAAGAUCAAACACGGCGACGCGCGGGGCGUGAACAAGCAGCAUUUUGGCUUUGCAGGGGAGGACGCAUACUUCUAUUGCACCGGCAGGAACAACAUAUUCGGGAUGGGGGUGGCGGACGGCGUGUAUGCCUGGAAGGAGCAGGGCAUCGACAGCGGCGCGAUGAGCCGCACGCUAAUGGAGACGGCGCGGCACAUGGUCCAGGCCGGCUGCGAGGAUGUCCUCAAAGUCCUCCAAGUCGCGGCGCGCCACGUGGAAAGCGAGGGCGUCCUCGGCAGCAGCACGAUCUGCCUGCUGACCAUUAACAAGGCAGUGGGCCGCCUGCAGGCCGCAACGCUCGGCGACAGCGGCAUGUUUGUGAUCGGAAGGCGGCCGGGCAGCUCGCUGCUGCAGGUCAAGUUCAGGACACCGCAGCAGGAGCACGAGUUUGGGCGGCCGUACCAGCUCGGCCACUUCGCGCACGCCAACAAUCCGGACGAUGCCGACCUGGCGACGUUUGUGGUGCAGGCAGGUGACGUCAUUGUUGCUGGCAGUGACGGGCUGCUGGACAACCUGUCGGAAACGGAGCUUAUGGAUGAGGUCGCCGCCGGCCUGCGCGCCGGCGCGCGCGCGCCCCAGAUCGCGCAGCAGAUCGCCAAGGCAGCGUUCCUAGCAUCCGUGGACCGCGGCCGCACGACGCCCUACGCGCGCGCCGCGACAGAGGCGUUCGAUAUGGUGUACAGCGGCGGCAAGAAGGACGACAUUGCUGUCGUUGUGGCCCUCGUGACAUGA